UCCAGAUUGAGCGCAGACGCUUUCCAAUUAGUGUAAACUUCCGUACACGUCAUAAAUGGCUGAUGAAGGCCUGCUAGAAACCUGCCAAACGGCAAACACGUAAUUGAGAAAACAAAAUAUUGCUCAGCGUUAUUAAUAUUUAAAAAAAAUCCAGUAUGUCGAAUGAAGGAGCAAAAAAGAAAGGUAAAGCACCUGGGGAGAAAAAAUCGUCUAAGCGGAAAACAAAGAGGAGGGAAACUUAUGCAGUGUAUAUCUACAAAGUUUUGAAACAGGUUCAUCCCGACACUGGUAUCUCCAGCAGGGCGAUGAGCAUCAUGAACUCAUUUGUUAAUGAUGUGUUCGAGCGCAUCGCUACAGAGGCGUCGCGGCUGGCGCACUAUAACAAACGGUCGACCAUCACGAGUAGAGAGGUGCAGACCGCAGUCCGGCUGCUGCUGCCUGGAGAACUCGCCAAACACGCCGUGUCAGAGGGCACCAAGGCCGUCACGAAAUACACCAGCUCUAAGUGAUCACCUGUGAGCUGUCCAAAGGAUGGAGGAGCAUUUCAACUGAAAAAAAAAAAGUCAUGUAAACUGGGCCAUGUUUGCGAUCACUCUUCAAUAUUAAUAAAUCCACACAGAAAAUUCA